AUGGCUUCAGCUUCUCAAGCCACGAUCGAGCCCCCGUUCCGGCCAGCACUGACGAAUAAUUUGACCCACAAGCAUCUGACACACCUCGCUCGCUGUCUUAGCCGUAUCGAAGAGGCUCACGGCUUUGACACAGAUCAAUCCGAUAGCGUUCUGAUCACUUUCGUCAAUGCUUACUCAUUCAUGCUUCACGAAGCCGGCCAUGUAAAGAAUAGUGAAGCAUCAGCAGACGUGCUUUCGUCCGAGUACGAAUACUGCAAAGAGAUGUUCCUCGAUUUCGUUACCUUCGAGCGUCGCUUCUAUAUUCGCACCACUGCAUCGAUGAUGUAUACUUUUCCAAGCUUCGAAGAUCUAUGGAACGAGCUACUUGCUUCAUUCGAACACAUUGACAGCGCCGUUGAGAGUGGUCAAAUCGAUGUUUGCUCUUUGCAACGGUAUCAUGGCAAGACAUUGCGCGCUUGUCGAUGCUUUGCGUUCGAAUAUCUGCAGAAGUGCGAUUUGAAGUAUACACAGCACAUCAAGGACCUGUUCUAUAACCAGCCAGUCUAUACUGAUCUCCCUAGCGACUACGACCGAUAUGUCAGUAAUAGGCUGACGGGCCAAGACCCAUUCUUUGGGCUUACAGAUGCACUGCGGCCUUUCAUUCACGACAGUCAUCGCACCAGCAUUGUCCUGAAGCUGUUCGGGGAAGUCAUGGCAUUCACUUUAGAUCUCUUCAGUGUCACCUCGUACACUCCAUCCACACAGCAGGUGAAUGUCCUACUGGACGAAUGUGCUCACGUGUGGGGUAUGCAUGUUGAGAGUUUCCUUACCGGUGUGCCGCGGUCCCUUCGCGAGGCAUGGUCAGGUGUGAAUGCCCGGGGCGUUGCAGAGGCGCUAGUCCACCGCUGCCGCGAGAUUGUCCAGCAGGGUGAUGCUUUCAACGUGGGCUGGUUUCUGCACGUCUGGGUCUUUGGUAGGGCUAUCACCGCUUUGUCCAAUGAGAAUCCCGCACAUGGCGAAUGGCUGAAGCAGAUGCUCCGCACCUGGGAUGCAAUUCCGUCUGGGUUGAUUGAUCAACCGCUCUCUCCUGAAGCCAACUAUGUUAUGCACCACUUCGAAGGCUAUACUUUGGACCGACAAGAUCUCGGUCUUGCCGGACCCGGGAACCAGCAAGAUGUACAAUUCGUACCAGCUGGACCGGACCUGGACCCACUCAAUCACGCUGAUCUGAUCCAGGUAUCCGACAAGGAAGACUUGUGCGUUGUCUGCCAGUGCGAAUUCGAAGAUGAAGCAACCGUCAAGCUUCGGACAUGCGACCAUAUCUUGCAUCUAGAGUGCGUUCGGUAUUUGAUCAAUGGCAUCGAGCCUUCUUCGAACCUGUGCCCGCUGGACCGCAAGCAGAUCUGCCCUCCUCGACCUCGUCGUGCAGACGUCUAG